AUGAUGAUGAUAAUAUCAUACCUUGUGACACAUUUUAGCGACUUUCAACUGGCCUGCAUUGGGAGUUUCCUCCUCCAUAAAAGUGUGUUUUUCUUAUCUGGCCUCCCUUUCAUUUUUCUUGAAAGACAUGGCUUUCUCACCAACUACAAAAUUCAGGCAAAAAACAACACACCUGCAGCCCAAGAAAAAUGUAUAACACGCUUGUUGCUUUAUCAUUUCUGCGUUAACUUGCCCCUCAUGAUCGCCUCCUAUCCUGUCUUCACAGCCAUGAGAAUGCGAAGUACUUUUCCUCUGCACUCCUGGAAAGAAGAGUCUGCCCAGAUAUUAUUCUACUUCAUCAUUGAGGAUUUUGUUUUCUAUUGGGGUCAUCGGAUCUUGCAUACAAAAUGGCUCUACAAGACUGUCCACAGUGUUCAUCAUGAAUAUGCCACACCAUUUGGUUUGACUUCAGAGUAUGCUCAUCCAGCUGAAAUUCUAUUCCUUGGAUUUGCUACUAUUGUCGGCCCAGCUCUCACCGGCCCCCACCUAAUUACUCUCUGGUUAUGGAUGGUCUUGAGAGUGCUUGAGACUGUUGAGGCACAUUGUGGUUAUCAUUUCCCAUGGAGCCUCUCGAAUUUUCUUCCUCUCUAUGGAGGUGCCGACUUCCAUGACUACCAUCACCAACUGCUCUACACCAAGUCUGGAAACUACUCUUCAACUUUUGUGUAUAUGGACUGGAUCUUUGGUACCGAUAAGGGCUACAGAAGAGUGAAGUCUCUGAAAGAAAACAGUGACUUGAAACAAAAGUGA